CCACUAAACACUCUAUUAGACAUGCUACUCACUCUUCAUUUCAACAUUCAAUGUUCUCGUCAACCUCUCGAUUUGUCCCUGUCUCUCAUAAUAUAUCUCGUGCAUUCUCCCAAUCAAUCACUGCCAACAUGAAGCAUCAUCUUAUGGUUGGUACCUGGACUCCUCCGGGCCGCAUCUAUACCGUCGCAUUCGAUGAUGAAGCACUUACCCUGGAUCUGGUCAAGAAGACCAACAUUCCAGAAGCAGAACCGAUCUCAUGGAUGACCUUCUCUCACGACAAGAAAACCAUCUACGGAGCGGCCAUGAAAAAGUGGAAUAGUUUCGCCGUCAAUAGUCCCACAGAUAUCGUGCAUCAGGUCUCCCACCCAGUCGCUGGCCAUCCCCUUGCCGCUAACGAAGACACUAAUACACGCGCUAUCUUCAUCCUCGCUGCCCAUCAAGCUCCCUAUGCUCUCUAUGGAAACCCAUUCUACAACUAUGCCGGAUACGGUAACGUCUUCUCCGUGGAGUCCGACGGCCGUCUUGCCAAGAACGUCCAAAACUACGAGUACGAACCCAACACCGGUAUACACGGCAUGGUUUUCGACCCGACCGAGACCUACCUUUAUUCUGCCGAUCUGCAGGCGAACAAGAUCUGGACCCAUCGUAAGGAUGCCACAAGAGGAGAACUGACCCUGGUGGAUUGCAUUGAGGCUCCUUCGCCCGGUGAUCACCCUCGCUGGGUUGAGAUGCAUCCUAGCGGAAAGUACUUGUAUGUGUUGAUGGAAGCCGGUAACCGAAUUGGAGUGUACGUGAUCGAUGAAAAGCGCCAUGUCCCUGUGUUUACGCAUAUUACCUAUCCAUUACUCCCUCCUGGUCUCCCCCCUCGCAACAAGUAUCGUGGCGACGUGACUUUCACUACUCGCAGUGGCAAUUAUCUCUUUGCAACCACACGCGGCAACUCCUUCGACAUCACAGGCUACAUUACGGCCUUUAAGCUGGGUCCUAAUGGUAACAUUGAGCGCCAACUGUUUAUCCAUCCCACUUCAACCAGUGGAGGGCACUCCAACGCGGUUAGCCCCUGCGACUUUAGUGACGAAUGGCUAGCAUUGUGCGAUGACCAGCUGGGCUUCGUUGAGAUCUAUCGAUUCCGCGAUGAGAACCUGGCUCGGGUCGCACGAGUAGACAUCCCUGAGAAAGGAUUCGGCAUGAAUGCCAUUUGGUAUGACUAAUGAAUAGACGCGAAUAUUAUAGAAUAAAGCCACGAUAGAAUAGAGCGUGUUACAAUAGUUCAACUAUAUAAGUUCUCAUUGCGUCCGAAAUCAUGUUGCCCUCAUCUAGUCACCUGACAUGUCCCAAUGUGGAAGAAGCACCUCAAGGAUAUUUCUCUUCAUCCUUGGAAUUAUCCCAGUUUCUUGACUCAUGUACAACACAAGAGUGAAAGACAAUACUAUGACGCGUUUUGUUCCAAUGUUGAUUACUCCACGACUCUACGGUCCUUGUUCAGAGAUGGCUUGUCAAUAAACUUGGACAUACUUUUCACCAUGCCUUGGCUGGC